CCGCGAGUCAUCUUCAUCCUGGGAGGUCCUGGUAGCGGCAAGGGAACUCAAAGCGAAAAGCUUGUCAAGAGAUUCGGAGCCACCCACCUCUCAGCUGGGGACCUGCUAAGGGCAGAGCAGGCCACCGACUCCAGCGAUUCCCAGCUGAUCAAGAGCUAUAUAGCAGAGGGUAAGAUCGUUCCGGUCGAAAUCACCUGCCGCCUCCUCAACCGUGCGAUGCAAGAGGUCGCGGCAAAGUCACCCGAUCGUUCCCAGGUCUUUCUCAUCGAUGGAUUUCCGCGCAACAUUGAGAACUUGAGGGGAUGGGAAGAAGUUGUUGGAGAGAAAGCUGUCAUAUCGCUGGUUCUUUUCUUCGAUUGCCCAGAAGAGGUCAUGCAACAACGACUGCUUGAGAGAGGGAAAACAUCUGGAAGAGCAGACGACAACAUUGUCUCCAUCAAGAAGAGAUUCGUAACCUUCAAGGAAGAGACGAUCCCGGUGGUGCAACAGCUUGAGGUUGGACGAUUUUGA